GCGGGGCUCCGGCCCCGUGCAGCCGGACGCUGCAGAGCGAGCAAACGCUUCUUUUCAGGGACUUUUAUUUGCGUCUCGGAGCUGAGAGCAGCUUCCAGUCCGGCUGCGCACGUUCGGACUAACUGAGUUUCCUUUUCAACGAGCUGGAAAAAGAGCGAGAGACGUUUCUCCCUGUUUGAGGAGGACGAGGAGCCGACAAAGCUACCUGAGAGGAUGAGGGGGAACCUGCGGGAAAUGGACCUGGGGGGCUCGACUGGUGGGGAGGAACAUGCCGCCGGGAUGUAAACACCAGCCGUCGAUCUCCAAUCCGAAGUGUUUUCCGUCGCCAUGGCGACGCCACGUGAGCGCUCCCUCCUGAUGUCUCACCUGGUCAUGCUCCUUCAGCUCCUCCUCCUCCUCCCCCCUCUCACCUGGUCCCUUCUUCCCCCGCCUCCUCACCCCGCGCCCGUGCACGUCCCCGCGCUCAUCCCUCGUGCACAGACGCCUCUCGUCCGCUCCCGCUUUAGCGCCCGGGCGCAGCUGGCCUUCACGACCCGCUGCAACUCCAGCUGCUUCCACCGAGGAGAGCGGGAGGAGCAGGCGGAGCGGCUCACGGAGAAGCUGGCCUUCGAGACGCUGUACGCGGACGGCUCACGCACCCUCACCACCGUGCGCGUGGAGGGCGACGAGGAGUCCGACGGAGACCCCCGGAGAGGUGGGCCGAGGGCGGGGUCCCGGCGCAAACGCGUGAGGAGGCAGAUCUACGGAGCGGACGGACGCUUCAACAUCCAAGGGGACCACUUCCUGUUGGAUUACCCGUUCUCCACGGCCGUGCGCAUCUCCACCGGCUGCACGGGUGUGCUCGUGUCCCGGCAGCACGUCCUCACGGCCGCCCACUGCGUGCACGACGGGAAGGAUUAUGUCAAGGGCGCGCGUAAACUCAGGGUGGGCUUCCUGAUCCCUCCGUCCAUCAACGGUACGCACGGCGGCCUCGCGUCUUCCAAGAGGCCUCUGGUGCGCUGGGUGCGCGUGAGACGCACCCGCGUGCCCAAGGGCUGGAUCCAGGGCCCUCAGGAGGUCAGCAUGGACUUCGAUUACGCCCUGCUGGAGCUGCGUUGGCCUCACCGACGUCCCUUCAUGCGCCUCUCCGUCACCCCGUCCUCCGAUGACCUGGGCGGGAAUCGCAUCCACUUUUCCGGCUUCGACAGCGACAGAUCCGGGGAGCUGGUGUACCGGUUCUGUGCCGUGGAAGAAGAGUCCAGCGACCUGAUAUACCAGCACUGCGACGCACGCCCCGGGGCCAGCGGCUCGGGGGUGUACGGGAGAGUGUGGGACAACCGUCUGGAGCGCUGGGAGAGAAAGGUCAUCGGCAUCUUCUCCGGACACCAGUGGCUGGAGAUAGAUGGAGAGAACCGGGAUUACAACGUGGCCGUGCGAAUCACUCCUCUGAAGUUCGCGCAGAUCUGUUACUGGGUGCAUGGAAACCGACUGGACUGCGUCCACGAUUAAGAGGGAACCUGUUAGAGCACAACGGGCACAAAGAAGAGUGCAGAUCAAACAGAAAGACACCCGUCGCACAAUCGUAGCCUGUAAUCUCCCCGGUGACCCUCCUGUGAGAUCACGACAUCUUUGCAUGACGUAUUAGCAUAUUAACGUAAACCACUUUCCACGGGGGGUGACAGGUGUUUGUGCGGUGAGUCAGUAGCACCAGAUUACUUUCCUCCAGUGGAUGACAGCAGUCCAAUGACGCUUUUCGCUUAAUGUGAUCUGCAUCGACACAAUACGAAACCGUUAAAAACCACUGAUGCCUCCCGACAUCACGCGCCUUUCAACGUGAACUGGAGUGUUAAGUUUAUUUUGAGAAAUGUUUGAUAUAUUUUAUUAAAGAGAUUUAUAACGGUU